GGGUGCGUGGCACAGGCACGGCAGCGGUGCGGGAUGGAGCGGCAGCUGCGGGAGCUGCGGCUGCAGGAGGAGCGCGACUUCCUGCAGCGCGUGGCGCGGGGCUUGGGCGAUGCCAGGGCGCUGCCGGACGCGGAGCCACCCUUGGGCUGGCCGCACCGUCGGGGCACCGCCAUCGUCCCCGAGCCCCUCGCCAGCGAUGACCUGCUCCAGCUGCCCGGUAGCCCCCCGUCACAGAGGGACCUCAGCCUGAUCGCGGAGGCCAUGGGACGCAGCGACUUCCUGCGGCGCCUGGGCAAGGGCUGCCCCGAGGCGCUGGCCCAGAGCUUUGUCCCCGUUCAGCACGGCCCCGGGGACACGGUGCUGGCCGAGGGCGACGAGGGCACCGCCAUGUACAUCGUGGCAGAGGGGCAGCUGAACGUGACGCAGCGGGGCCAGCAGCUCCGCACGCUGGGGCCGGGUGAUGUCUUCGGGGAGCUGGCCAUCCUGUACCACUGCAAGCGCACCGCCACCGUGCAGGCACUCAGCCCUGUGCGCCUCUGGGCCAUCGACCGGCAGCGGUACCGCGCCAUCGCCACCAGCAGCGCCAAGCAGCGGCGGGCCAAGGUCCUGGACUCCCUGCGAACGGUGCACUGGCUGCAGGACCUGUCUGACAGCCAACUCUCCAAGCUGCUUGACGCCAUGGAGGAGUGCUCCUUCGCACCCGGCCACAUCAUCAUCCGCGAGGGGGACGAGGGGGAGAGCUUCUACAUCAUCCUGAAGGGCCAGGUGCGGGUGAGCCGGCGGGUGGACGGGCAGGAGAAGCUACUGCGCGUGCUGGGCGCCGGCGAGCACUUCGGGGAGCUCUCACUGCUGGAGAACAUCCGCCGGACAGCAUCGUGCCAGGCACAGGGACACGUCACCUGCGUCACGGUGGCCAAGGCGGACUUCCUGGAGAUCAUCCCUUUCUGCCCCAGGCACGACUCAGACGCAAACGCGGCUGCGACUGAGGUGCCGGCCCCAGCGGACCCCAGGCGGGGCUGGGGGUCCCCAAGCCUGCGGCAGCCGUCCCCGGUGGUGCGGCUGGAGGACCUGGUGGCCGUGCGCUACGAGGAGGGGCAGAAGCAGGGGCAGCGCGUCGUCCUGGGCACCGGCGGCUUCGGCAGGGUCGAGCUGGUGCGGUGCGGCGAGCAGCUCUUCGCGCUGAAGCGGAUCCGCAAGGACUGGGUGGUGCGGACGCGGCAGCAGGAGCACGUGCGCACGGAGCGGCGGGUGCUGGCCCAGAGCCACUGCCCCUUCGUUGUGGGGUUUUUUGGCACCUUCCGGGACAGGCAGCACGUCUACCUGCUGCUGGAGUUCUGCCAGGGCGGCGAGCUGUGGACCAAGCUGCGCGAGGUGCGCUACUUUGAGGAGCCGCUGGCCGUGUUCUGCUCUGCCUGCGUGGUGGAGGGCCUGGAGUACCUGCACAGCCACGGCAUCGUCUACCGCGACCUGAAGCCUGAGAACCUCAUGCUGGACAAGCAGGGCUACAUCAAGCUGGUGGACUUUGGCUUCGCCAAGGAGCUGGAGCGCGGGGAGAAGACCUACUCCUUCUGUGGGACGCCCGAGUACCUGGCGCCUGAGAUGCUGCGCCAUGAGGGCCACGACUUCGCGGUCGACUUCUGGAUGCUGGGCAUCCUCAUCUUCGAGAUGCUGGUGGGCAGGCCCCCCUUCCACAGCGCUGACCCCCAGAAGAUCUACAGCCGCAUCCUGGACGGCGUCUUCUCCUUCCCUGCUUUCCUCAGCGAGGCUGCCUGCUCCCUCGUUGCCAAGCUCUGCAGGCUGCGUCCGGGGCAGCGCCUGGGGAACACGGCCACCGGCAUCCGCGGCAUCAAGAAGCACAGGUGGUUUGGGACCCUCAAGUGGAAGAAGCUCGCCCUGCAGCAGCUGGAGGCGCCCACCCUGUGGCUCAUCAAGCAGGGCCCUCCCUACACCAACUUUAAGCGGUUCUCGGUCGACCGGACGCCGGCAGUGGAUGAGCUCUCGGGGUGGGAUGAGGAUUUCUGAUGGCAGCCGGACCCCCCCUGGGCACCCCGCAUCCCCCCUCUGCGGUGCUGCUGGGACCAGGGCAGUGCCCGGGGGCUGCCCCAGGCCCACGGGGGGCAAUAAAGCGCAGGGGGGGGGGGGCAGGAAGGAGGCGGGAGCCAUGGGUACAAAA